ACAAUGUCAACCAUUACUGGCGCUCGAAACGAAAUAUUUUGCGAAUGUUCAAAACGUUUGUUUUCAUGUGGUCUAUUAUUGGAUAUCUAGCUAUUUCCAUUGUAUGAAAAGUUGGGGAAUAAUACGUAUAAGACAAGCGUUAUAAGAGCAGAUUUCAUUUGUAUUAUGCCAAUCAAAUUCAGAUCAAAUUAUUAAUGAACGAUGCAAAAGCGACGUAAAAGUAACAGUAAAAGAAAACCUAUCAGUGAGAACUCAGAUGAGAAAAUCAGUGAAGUCUACUGUGUCUGUAGAUCAUCAGAUAUUGAUCGUUUCAUGAUAGCUUGUGAUCAAUGUGAAGAGUGGUAUCACGGAGACUGCAUCAAUGUCACUCCAAAACAAGCUGAACAAAUAAAAACAUUUUACUGUCCUCAGUGUCGAUGCAAAAAUCCAUCCCUUGAGAUCGAGUAUAAGAACACUAGAAGUCAAAAGCCUAAACAGUCGCGUCAGGGUUCCAGUCCUAACAGUAGUUCAAACACCUAUGUAGAUCAGCCCUCUCCAGCUAAACCAUCUAAAGGAAAACGAGGGUCUCCAGACGCUUUGAUUAACAAUCAAGAAGUUGGUCCUCGCAAAACUCCAGUCGACCGUUCAUCACAGUUAUCAAGUAGAGACUUACGAAAGUUCAAUUCAUCCGGCCUGAAUAUAUCACCGGCGCUAAGUGCAUCAUCUGGCCUACCUGAGCCCCUCUCUUCGGGUCCUUAUAACCGUGGUUACUGGGCGCCUGAAGAGCAGUCUGAACCUGCAGAUGAUCACAACCCAAUGCCACGCUCCGUACCAAAUAAAAAACGGUCUGGUUCUCCACGUCUGCGUCCAUGUGGGCAAUGUGCAGGAUGCAGCGUAAAGGAGGAUUGUGGGAAAUGCGAAUACUGUCGGGAUAGACGAAAGUUUGGUGGACCCAAUAAGAUGCGUCAGAAGUGUCGGUUAAGACAGUGUGCCGGUAUGAAUGCGUCACGUAGUAGAAACCCAUCUAAUUCCUCUCAAGGGAUUGGUGCUCGACGUCGUAAACAGCCACCAGUCCAAACUGCUCCCGCGGAUUCAUCACCAGCCCACAUGCAGUCGUAUACAGAUUUUGACGAUGAACAGUUUGAAGUCCCAUUCGAUUUUUCUCCAAGACUAUAUUCAGAUACUGUCACACAACCAUUUCUUUCUCAUUCCACGAGUUCAGCUCCUAUGGGUAGCAAGAUGCGUCGAGGUGACCAUCGAAUCCCGACUGUUCCCAGCGAUAUUGACGGAAUAACCUCGCGGCAUUUCGGACGAUUUGGUCAUGAUGGUCCUCAACUUCAUUCACGUAAUAAAGGAUCUAUACCAAAUAUAUAUCCUAUUAAUACUGAUGGAUCAAUAGAUUUUGUAGAAGAUAAUGAUUCAGAUGAUGAUAUUGUACUUCCAGAAAUGGCACAUUGUGCUGGUCCUGCUUGUAUGUUGGCAGCUUUACCUGGUGAGAAAUAUUGCUCAGAAUCCUGUAGACUUAAGCAUACCGGUUCACGUGGUACAGUUCGUCCAGGUAUUCCUAAUAUCCGUUCGGGAAUAAGUAGUCUUGCCUCUCGUGAAGCCAAUGCCAUACCGUAUUCUUUACCCUAUCCUGAUCAUAUGUAUUGUCGUCAUCAUCGUCUUCAAAAUUGGCAGAACAAUAUUACUUCAUCAUAUCGUUCUAAUCAUCAAUCUUUUGAUCAAUUGACUAAUAUUGAUCAAGGAUAUUAUAAUAUAACAAAUGAUAAUUUACGUCAAUCAUAUGGACAAUCAACAUAUCGUUAUUCUCAUAGUUUACCAAUUCAUCGAAUUACACCACAACGACAUUUUAAUUCACAUCCUAUUUUAAUGAAUUCUAAUCAUCGAAUAAAUAAUAAUAAUAGUCUAGUAGAAGAUAAUCGAAAUGAGCAUACAAUGAUAUGUGAUGGUGGCGCUGGUGAUACAACUGAAUUUAUUGAUUCAAUCACUUCAGUAAUCCGUAGAAAUAAUCAUCAUCAUUAUAAUGGAGUAUUUAAUGAUGAAUUAUGCAUUGAUUUACCAUCUACUCAUCCAUCAUCUAUUGGUACACAUUUAUCAUCUACAUCACCUAGUUUAUUAUCUGGUAUUAAUUCAUGUUAUACUGGAUCAAAUCGUGGUGAUACAACAAUUCGACCAAUUGAAUUUCAUCCUAUUGAUGAUGAUAAUAGAAAUGGAUUAACUGAAGAUGAUGAUGAUGAUGAUGAUGAUGUUGAUCAUCCUGUUUAUGGAUAUUAUAUGAUUGGUUAUAAUAAUGAAACAAAUGGACAUUCAUCACAUAUUCCAUUAACUACCAGUACUACUACUACUACUAUUACUAGUACUAGUACUACUACUGUUACCCCUAUAUUAAAUAAUGAAUGUCGUCUAAUAAAUACAGCCUGUUUACAUAGUAGUAACAUGAAUAUUCGAUCUAUUAACCAUAGAGUAAUCAAUCAAAGUAAUAAUAUUAAUGAAUCAAUUAAUUCUAUUCCAAUAUUAUAUACUAAUAAUCGAUCAUUAUCAAUUAGUAAUAUUAAUCAUCGGCAUACAAAUAUUAAUCUUCUUCCUGUGUCUGAAUCUACCGGUGGUGGUGGUGGUGGUGAUGUUGGCUCAUCAAUAUCUAAUUCAAGUAUUAUAACACCUCAUUCUCUUCCUACUUAUAUACCUGGUCCUGAUGAAUUUUAUACAAUUAAUGAUUCUGAUGAUUUAGAAAUUAAUUGGCCACAAGAAACAGUUACUGGAGUAAAUGGUUAAAUCAACAUUCAUUAUAUUAUCUAACUAUAUUUAUUCAUAUAAUGAAUGUAUUAUGUUAUUCGUGUGGAAACUGGUCAUAAUGUAAAAGAAAAAAAAAGGGGGGAGUGAAAUACGAUUGAUUUUCCUAUCCUUAUCAAUCAGCUGAGUUUAAGCCUCCUUGUAUUUAUCUUAUUUGUCUUCUCAGAUUGAUUCAUUUCACAUAGAUAGAUGGAUAUAUAUACACACACACAUAGUACCAAGUUGAAAUUGCUGCCUUCUGUUGUCUGUAUAGGCUUAUAUCUCUUCCCUAGUGUAACCUAUUCAUAUUCAUCUUUUUCUGUGCUAUUUUUAUUUUUAUAAGGCGCCCAAAAUUGUAAACUAAUCACAAUUUUGUAUAUAGAAAAAUCUUAUUUUAUUGAUUUUUUCUUUUUUUUUUUUAUUAUCUCUCUUCUAUUAUGUGUACACAAUUUCAUUUCAUUAUGUCUAUGUGUUUUGUACACUUUGAGCAUAGACUAUACUCUCUCUUAAAUAUGUAAUCAUUGAUUACUAAUAUUAUCUCCUUGUUUCCAUUCUUAUGAAUUAGUGUUGAUUAUCAAUGUUAAUUGUACAUGUUGAUGGAUUACACAUCAGUAUGAUAUUUACAUUAUUGUGUGAACUAACCUCUAAGCAUAUACUACCGAUGAGUGUACUUCACCCCCCGCCGCCCACCUACUACUCUAUGGGAUGCAUCUCUUAUUCUCAUGUUUUUUUUUGCCCCCCUUUUCCCAUAUCGCUUUAUUCCAUCGUCAUCAUCAUCAUCAUCAUCAUCAUCAUUGUUGUUUUCUACUUGUCGCACUGUUAGUAACAGUGCUGCUGGUGGUGUUCUUACUAUUGCUUCACAUGCAUAACGUCCAGUGAAACUGCUUGUACCUGCACCGGAAUGACAACGUUGUUGUACAGAUCGAUGAACACAGGCUAAUAAACUGCCUGGUAUAAGUUUACCUCCUUUACCUAAUAUUCCUGAGCCUAAAUGAAUUGAAUUCGAUAUAGUAGUUCCUGUUAUCAAUGAUUCUGUUUCAUUUAAAACUUCAUCCAUAUUACUAUGAUUAUAAAUAUUAACAGUCUCUGAUUGUGAAUCCAAUAUCGAUUGAAUUUGUGCACUCUGUUCUUUACGACAUGUUUCUAUAGCUGUCAAUGCUUUCAAUUGAGCAUCAUAAGGAUCUUGAUGAUCAAAUCGUCCAUAAAUUUCAUCGAUUGGUUCUUCUCUUAAUUCUAUUGAUUCAGUUAUUGUCAACUUUGACACUGAAUCAAUUAUUGAUUGAUUUUCUAUCAAAGUAUUAUUUCUCAUAGGUGUUAUUACUUUAUCAUCUGGAAUAUGUUGUGUUGUUGUUGUUCUUGUCUAUCUUCAAGUCUACUUGAAUAUGAUCUUUGAUUCAAUGUAUUCAAUGACUGAAAAUGUUCAUCAGAUGAUAAAUCUUGAAAAUUAUUAUUCAUAUUAGCAUUCUCAUCUAUACCAUGAUAAAUUGGAUUUUGAUGAAUUAGGAAAUCUUCACGUGGUAUAUUAUCUUCAUUAUUAAUGAUGAUAUGCCUAGCAUUUUCAUAAAAUGAAAUCGUCUCAGUAUCUACUGAUUUAUGUGGUUCAGCAUAUAAACCCCAUUCUAUAGAAUAAAUAAUCAACAACAAUAUGUAAAAUUAUUAUACAAAUUGAAAAACUUAAAUAAAUCAUGAAGUUGUUUAUUGAUAUCCCCCCCCCUCAAUGAACAUCGAAUUCCGUUUCCGUUUUCAAAAACUGAAUGCUUUAACUGAUAACUUAUUGGCAAUACCUUGACAAAUAUAUUAUCCACUGAC